GUUGAGCUAGAAAAUGUCGUCAGAUUUCUUUUGAACAAUACUGCAUUGGCUUUCUGACUUUCCAUCAGGAGGAGGCAAGACAAAGAAAGCUGGCAAAUGAGAUUGGUUCGUCAACACGACUAAUGUGAUCGGGGAGAAAAGUCACAUAGGAGAGACGGAAUUUGAGGGCGGAUCCGACUUUAAUCAUCUGGACUCUACAUGUGGUAAUGAAAAGACAGCUAAUGUAAAGACACAAUGGAACUCUAUUGGUACAUAAUAGUGAUUAUAUUUAUUAUUGUCAAAAUCUUCUUCUACAUCUGCUGGUAUCGCUCACGGCAGCGACAACUGGAUGCUUAUCUGAGCAAUCCACGAAACGCACAGAUUGUGAUUGUUGGGGGAAGAGCCUAUCUGCAUCAACUCUGUGAGCAACAAAGUAGUCCCAUGUGGUAUAGUUGGUAUGGUGGCCAGGAUGAUGCCUCAGUUGGGGAACCUUCUGGAUCCCUGCCACAUGCUCCUUCUUACAGCCAGUUAGAAGUGCCACCUCCAUAUGAAGCAGUGCCAAGAGAUGACUUAAAACCACCGCCGUACACAGAACAUGCUACCGGCAGUAUUGAAGAGGCUCGUGCUUUGUCUGUACCAGAGGGGUAUGAUGCUUGCAGUUUGAGUGAUGCUCCUCCACCAUAUACUCCCAGUCCAACAGUUGAAAUUUCACAGCAGAACACUGUGAUGCCAUCAGGUGCCCAGGAGUUGGACAGUCCCUCUACAGAAGGCUCACCGUGUCAGGUCUGAAGAAAGUAAAUGCACAUCCCGGGACUUCGGAGGAAAGCUACUUUUAUUUUCUUCAGAAUGGGGAAAGAAAUCCAAAGCGCCUGAAUUUUGUUUUAUAGAUUUUUUUUCUGUACAGUUUGAAAGACGUUUACAGAGAUGCACUACACAGAACACAACGAUUGCUGCUAGCAGCACUUUCUUUUUGUAAGCAUUUAUUGCACUUUCCAAGGAGGAACCCAUGGUAAAGGAUGAUGCCACUUUUUGAAAUAUUGUAAUCUUUCAAAACAUUUCAUUAACUUUAAUGAAAGUUAGUCUUUCAUUAACUUGUCAGUUAAUGCAAUGUUCAUACCCCCUGUGCUAGGUGGGCUAGAAGGUUAGGGGAGAGAAGUACUCAGAUAAAUGACCUAGUAAUGCAACCAGGGGAACUGGCCGACUGCAAAUUCUGAAAUCAGUUUGACAUCUUGAGAGUUUGGAGUUGCAAAUGAAUGGGAAUUGUCUGGUGAGAGGUAGGAUUGUCUUGCAUUCAGACGUUUUCAGAGUACAAGCAAGGUCAUUCUUUGAAUUUUAUACUGCCUAGCUGUUGCCAAGACUGCAUUAUUUGCCCCAAAGAGGAAAAAAUACAUCGCUUUCAUCUUAUGAGAGACAUUAAUUUUGUGCACAGAAAGCACAAAUUUUAAAGAUACUUUUGUCCAAAUACUAAUUUGCUAAUUUCCUGGACAGGUUAAGUAUUUUUAAUAGGGGAAACUUUUAAAUAUUUUAUUUGAUUUGAAUUCUUGUAAGAAGCUCCCCCAUUACCUCUCAUUAUGGCAUUUGAUAUAUUAACACAAACAUAUUCUAAGAUUGUGUUGAAAGAAAUAGGCUCUGUGUCACCACCAUUUAAAUUCAAGGAAAUGUUUACUUUAAUGUUUUAAGUAAAUUUUGAAAAACUAUUGACUGACCUGCUUUAGUUCUUUGUGUAUUAUGAAAGCGGGAUUUAUUGCUAAGCCUGAUUUUGUUGAUUUCUUAAAGUUUUCCACAUUUUGAGGCUUGAUGUUGAUAUUGUUCUAAAAUACUAUCCAAAUUCAUGAGAUGCAUGUAGCAUACAUCAGUGUCAGCAAAGAUACAUAUCCAAAGGUUUUGAUCAGGUUUUUGAUCUGUUUUUUUGUGACCCCUUCAGUUUGUACCCCGUUUCCCACCCACCCCUCCUCCCGGUACUUUGAAUUUUUAAAGGAGGCCAUUUAACAAAGUGAAUAUGCAACUUCUCAAUCACUUUUAUAAAUUAUAUAAUUUGGUUGGCAGUGCUUUUCAUUAGUUUUUGUAUUUUUCAGUUGGUUCAAAUUAAAUUCCAUUCUAAUAAUAUCUCAGAUCUGUGUAAAUGUCCAACAUCCUGGACUUAUUGAAUUGUGUACAUGGCUCUUUAAAACAACAAAUACAGUUUGCUGUCUCUGGCUAAAAAGCUGUAUG